AUGGCCAGCAACGACAGCAGGCGCCUUCGCUUCUGCUACCUGGCGACCUUCUCAGUCACUCCGCACAUGCGCGAGGAAGAAUCCAAGGAGAGACAGAGGAGGCGAUUGACUGGUCCGCCGGUGGAUCUGCUGCUCUCCAUGCGCAUACGGAACGGCAGGAGCAGCUGCUUCGGAAAAAAGAUGGAUACAUGGAGUUGCGCUCGUUUGGCUGACUGGUUAAUUAUUCAUGAAGGCAUGAUGAAGGCAUGCGGCCAUGACCUCGCCCUCGUCGCCUCCGAUCCUUCAGAAAGGCCAUGCCCCUGCGCUAUCUCGCUGAGCCUGGAGAACUCCGACGCAAAGCUCAUCCUUGCUGCGCCGCCCAUGGACGCGACAGACGUGGAGGUCGCUGGGUUCGACUUCGGCGCCGGCAGACUUCGCAGCGUCGUCGCCCAAGGCCACCGCCUGCUGAGCUUGGGCGUGGCCGCUCGGCGCCGCGGGCCGCGUAACUCUGGCGUGUCCCGCGUGGCGCCGCCGCCCGCGAUCUCGCGCAUGGAUGCCUGCUUGCCGGCCGCCUGCUUGCUGCCCACGCCCGCGUGGACAACAAAGACAAGCAAGCGCAGGCAUAGCAGCCCGAUUCGAUACGAUCUUGGAUCUUCUCAUCCGCCAUUCCUUUAG